UAAACAAAAUAUUCAAAUCAGGAAAUAAAUUUUCCAGCAUUCGACAUAGCCAGUUCAUACCAGAUACUUACUACGACACAAAGAUGGCUUUGACAUUCCCUAAAAUGUUCUCCCUCGAUGGGAGGACAGCCCUUGUAACAGGUGGAACGAGAGGUAUCGGAGUCCAAAUGGCCAUUGCACUGGCCGAAGCGGGUGCGGAUAUAGUUCUCAUUCAGGAAUACGCUGGAAACACAAAUACCAAGACGGCCAUAGAGGCUCUGGGUCGCAAGGCAUAUAUAAUAACUGCCGACUUGUCCAAUCAAGAAGAAGUAUCUGGUCUAACAAAGAAGGUCCUCGAUGAAGGACACGAUAUAUCCAUCCUUGUCACAUGCGCUGGUAUUCAGCGACGGCAUCCGGCUCAUCUGUUUCCCCAAUCGGAUUGGAACGAGGUUAUACAAGUGAACCUCACCACCGUGUGGACAUUAUGUCGUGAUGUCGGCGCUUACAUGCUCACACGGACACCAGAGGCGGGUACAAACCAUCGCGGUAGUAUUAUCAACGUCGCCUCAAUCAUGUCUUUCCAAGGAGGAGUGAACGUACCUGCGUAUGCGUCGGCGAAAGGAGCAGUGGGCCAGCUGACCAAGGCGCUGUCCAACGAAUGGGCCUCCAAGGGAGUCAAUGUGAACGCUAUCGCGCCCGGAUAUAUUGUCACGGACCUGACUGAAGUGCUACAUACCAAUAAGGAACAAGCUGCUAGCAUUUUGGGCCGUAUCCCUGCUAGUAGGUGGGGAAAUCCAGAGGACAUGAAAGGCGCAGUGGUGUUUUUAGCUAGUCGAGCUGCCUUGUACGUGAGUGGAGAGAUCCUGACUGUUGAUGGAGGCUGGAUGGGGAGGUGACGGCUCCGUUCAAUUCGAUGAUAUGUACAUACAGACAGACAUUUACAUGGACACGUGACCCAGGGCCUCCCUGACGCAGGUGCCUGCCCUCUCCGGGCCAACUCUCCCCUUCUGCACCAUCCGCCUCUCCAGCUCCUCCAGGAAACACUCCCUCU